CAGGAACAGGAUGAUACCCUGCACUGCUGUCAUUGGUCCUUUAGCAGCUCUGUGUCUGUUUGCAGUCGGUCAUGCAGCCUUGCGGCGUCCGGAAGUGUCAUAAUCGCUGACAAUUCCACUCUGAACGCUGAACAGCCACAACCGAUCCACACGCCUCAACGCUCCACGGCACGGAAGGCCAACUUCUUAAGCGCCCACCGACAAAAUGGAUAGCAUUCAUCCAUUACUUGGGGAUUUUGCUAGCUUGGAGGCGCAGGAUGUGCGAGGCUUGAUCGAUAUAUAUCUUCUUAUUGUACAUUGAGCAAGAUGUAGCAUUCCAGCUUGGUCGGCCUUCAUGUCAGCGGAUCAAUUCUCACAGCUUUCUCUCGAGGAGACCAUGGUGACUACUCGAGCUGAGGCUGCCAAGGCAUCACGAAAGGGAACACCACCUCAGCAACUUGAUCAGGAUUCCCCUCUACCUUCCGUGGAGCCAGUCUCGCCAGUGUCACCCACCCCUUCUCUUGUUAUAUCCACAAACAAUCUCAGCUACAACGUCUCCUCGUUCGAUGCGAAUCAUCGCCAAAGGGUCAAGCGAGGUCUACAAGACAGUGGGAUCCGCAUGAAGUACUGUACCACCUACGUUGACGACGAGGACCCAAAUAUUCAGACACAGUACUUCUUUAUCAACGACGAUGUUCAAGUCACGAUGGGCGGAAAGCUACGCAGACCUCGUUGCUCUUGCGGGGCUAAUGAGAACGGCGUUGCUUGCAAGCAUAUUUACUGGGUUGGUGAUCACGUCGUCUCCACCAUUCCAGAUAUUGUCAAGGAUCAGCCACUGCAGCCUUCGACAGAUGGUUCGACUUUCCAACAUGUGAGACCGGCAGAUGUACUACGCAAGAAAGGCCUAGAGGAUGUCGCAGACGAUCUCGACUGGAUUUACGAGGACGAAGAUGUGCCUGAAGAUCAAGACGACAUCAAAGAGACAGUCAUCAGUAUGCUCUCAGUCUUCGAGCCUCAAGAAGCACUGCCAGAUGAGUUCAGAUGCCCAGAGUCGCCUCUCACAUCUGAGCGCUCGAAGAAGUAUCAAGAGCUCGCUAAGCUGUUCACUGAGUAUGCAACAAAGGACCCUGGAUUGUUCCUGCAAAUGCAGGAUAUCAUCGACCCAAACUUCCAGAGCCGUGUCUUUUUUGAGAAGAUCGAGAACCGCAUCACUCAGACGUUUCAUGCUCUGGACGAGUACAUCAAGCAUGGUCCCACUGACGCCUCUGUCGAUGCGCUACGGUUCGACCUACCAACUACGGCCAAGAAGCUCAUACGUCUAGUGAAGGCUAUCGGCAACUUCAUCGAGCAACAAGAUGAGGAUGAUCCUGAUUUCAAGAGCAUCGCCAUCCGAUCAGCUGCAGCCCUUAUCCGAAUACUUGAUCUUGUCACAGAUCGCAACGUCGAUGCUUACGAAAGUAUCACCUGGGGCAUGCGUCCAGGCAGCCCAAGUGAGAACAACUUACACUACGCCCUUAUAGGUAACCCAACUACCGGUACCUCCUUCGUAUUAAACGUACUUCAUCUGCUGCCCCACGGAGACGUCAUCCGCAACCACUGGGCAACCCUACAGAGCAUCGAAGACAAAUUGGUCCAGCACGAUGCACCUAUCGACUACCUGAACACCUUCCGCCAGGUCAUUCACGACAAUCGUAAAAGAGCUGCUUCGGAGGACCGUGGUGGCCAGGUGAAAAGACCAGCCUCUUGAAUGGCUAACCGCAGCCUCGUUCCUCCCUGUCUUCACUUCUUCUGCUGGCCUCUAGAACCAGCACACGUAGGGUAUUGCUUUAUUGCCUUUAAGCGUUCGGCGUCUCUAGCGAUUCUGUUUUUUCUUCGCUCUCUUCAUCUUUUCGCUCCUUCUUUGUCAUGUUCUUCUGGCGCUUUCGAGGGCAUUUGUCGCUCUACACUUUCCUUCUAUACCUAGAUUAUUGUUGUUAGAUCUUCUUCUAGACUUUCUUUGAUACCCUUGGCUUUUCUUCUCACUUUCCUUGAUUGUGCAUCUGCAUGUUUGGUGCUACCAUUACACUUUCGCCUCACAGCUUUUCUCGACACUUCCCUACUUCUCGAGGCCACACUUUUUGACAGAUCUGAUUGUAGUCGUUCUUCUUUCUUCACUUCUCACAUUCGUUCACACAUACACUUGAAAAAAACUACAUUUCGCUUCGCU